UCUCCUUUCUGCUCUCCCUCUCUCGCUCACCCACACCACUCUCUGUCUCCACAUCUGUGCUGCUGCCACGCAUACUCCUUGCGAGAUUACCCCCGAAGAAUGUUUUUACGGAAUAUAAAUUAGACACAAACACACACACACACAGACCUAUAGACAUUACUGCAGCAUAAACGGAACACACACACACACAUCAAUUAAAGCUGCCAAGAAGGAUUUCACGUUUUUUUGCGGCUGACAUAAUGACUCGUCUUGGAUUAUACGUGGUCUUGCAUUCACGCCCAUGAUUGUGAUGAUGCUGAAGAUGAUGAUGAUGAUGAAGACUGUGAUGAUUAUCGUGAAGAUGGCGAGAUGAUGAUGACGACGAGGACGACGACGAAUCUCAUUUCUGAAAUAAUUGAUACUACGAUGAUGAUCGCGAUUUGAUGUAAAUCUCGCAUCCGGCUGUUACCAUCCAAUCGCUCUUCCGUGCGCAUUGAUUGCAACUUGUGGUGCCUGCAAACAACCUCCUCGUCGUGCGGUCCACCCGAGUCUUUAACGUCGCGAGGAGCGCUUCGUAGACGAGAAGAGGUGGUGACGAGGUUUUUGCUCAUCUCGGCUGGAAAGAAGAAAAGGAGGCAAAUAAAAAAAAAUAAAAACUGGCGAGAGGCGUCGUGGGCAAUGCGCUCGCCCGCUGUGGGCGUCUAACCGGGGCUCUUCCAGCAUACCGAUUUAGACAACGGGAGCUGCAUGUGAAGGAACACAGCACGGAAAGCCCUGCAAUGCGGGCACACCGGCCAGGGACCUGGGCCUUCGCGUGGCCGGCACAGCUGUUGGCCUUCUCGGCCCUUCUUCUGCUGGGACCCCGGCGCUGCACGGCCAUGCCCCACGUCCUGCGAAUAGGUGGCAUUUUCGAGACUCUGGACGGAGGUCCGGCGAGCGCGGAGGAGAUGGCGUUCAAAUUCGCGGUCAACUCCAUCAACCGCAACCGCACGCUGCUGCCCAACACGACGCUCACCUACGACAUCCAGCGCAUCAACAUCUACGACAGCUUCGAGGCCUCGCGCAAAGCCUGCGACCAGCUCUCGCUGGGCGUCGCUGCUAUCUUCGGGCCCUCCCACUCGGCGUCGGCGAGCUCCGUGCAGUCCAUCUGCAACGCGCUCGAGGUGCCGCACGUGCAGACGCAGUGGAAGCACCAGGGACCGUCGGCCAGCCGCGACGUCUUCUACGUGAACCUUUACCCGGACUUCGCCUCCAUCAGCCGCGCCAUCCUCGAUCUCGUCUCCUUCUACGGCUGGAAGGCCGUCACGGUCGUGUACGAGGAUGGCACCGGCCUCAUCCGCCUGCAGGAGCUGAUCAAGGCGCCGUCACGCUACAACGUGCGCCUCAAGAUCCGCCAGCUGCCGGGCGACGUUCGCGACUCCAAGCCGCUGCUUAAGGAGAUGAAACGCGGCCGCGAGUUCCACGCCAUCUUCGACUGCGGCCACGCCACCGCCGCCGACAUCCUCCAGCAGGCUAUGACCAUGGGGAUGAUCACAGAGUAUUACCACUACAUCUUCACUACUCUGGACCUAUUCGCCCUCAGCCUGGAUCGCUACCGCUACACGGGCGUCAACGUCACGGGGUUCCGACUCAUGAGCCUCGACAGACCCAGCGUGGAGGCCGUCCUCGACCGCUGGAGCAUGGAGCGCGUGGGCCCACCGCAGCCACCGACGUAUCAGCAGCAGCAGCAGCGGCAGCAGCAGCAGCAGCAGCAGCAGGGGCUGCAGGCCUCCGUCAUGACGACGGACGCGGCGCUGAUGUACGACGCUGUGCACGUGGUGUCGCUCGCGUCGCAGCGCUCAGGACAGAUGACCGUCAGCUCCCUGCAGUGCCACCGGCACAAGCCCUGGCGCUUCGGAUCGCGCUACAUGGCGCUCAUCAAGGAGGCACAGUGGGAGGGCCUCACGGGGCGUCUGACGUUCAACCGGAGCAAUGGACUGCGCACAGACUUCGACCUGGAUGUGAUCAGCCUGAAGGAGGACGGCCUCCAGAAGGUGGGCACGUGGGACCCGAGCUCAGGCCUCAACAUGACGGAGACGCCCGCCAAGAAAUUGGUGAACGUGACGGACGCGCUGAGUAACAGGAUGCUCAUCGUCACGACCAUCCUGGAGGAGCCCUACACGACGUUCCGCCGCUCCGACACGCCGCUGGAGGGGAACGAGCGCUUCGAGGGCUACUGCAUCGACCUCCUGCAGGAGUUGGCGGCAAUCCUGCGCUUCAACUACGAAAUCCGCCUCGUGCCCGAUGAGAAGUAUGGCUCGCCGGACAACGACGGACAGUGGAAUGGACUCGUGCGCGAGCUCAUGGACCACAAAGCCGACCUGGCCGUCGCUCCGCUCACCAUCAACUACAUGCGCGAGAAGGUGAUCGACUUCUCCAAGCCCUUCAUGACCCUGGGCAUCAGCAUCCUGUACCGCAAGCAGAACGGCACCAACCCGAGCAUCUUCUCCUUCCUGAUCCCCCUCUCGCCCGACAUCUGGAUGUACAUCCUGCUCGCCUACCUGGCCGUCAGCUGCGUCCUCUUCGUCAUCGCCAGAUUCAGCCCCUACGAGUGGAAGAAUCCUCACCCCUGCAACCCGGACUCGGACGUCCUGGAGAACAACUUCACGAUGCUCAACAGCCUCUGGUUCGGCGUGGGAGCGCUCAUGCAGCAAGGCUCGGAGCUGAUGCCGCGUGCCCUGUCGACGCGCAUCGUGGGCGGCAUCUGGUGGUUCUUCACCCUCAUCCUCAUCUCCUCGUACACGGCCAACCUCGCCGCCUUCCUCACCGUCGAGCGCAUGGAGUCGCCCAUCGGCUCCGCGGACGACCUCGCCAAGCAGACCAAGAUCGAGUACGGGGCCGUGCGCGACGGCUCCACCAUGACCUUCUUCAAGAAGUCGCGCAUCUCGACGUACGAGAAGAUGUGGGCGUUCAUGAGCAGCCGCCACCAGACGGCGCUCGUCAAGAACAACGAAGAGGGAAUCCACCGAGCCCUCACCACGGACUUCGCCAUGCUCAUGGAGUCGACGACCAUCGAGCACGUGACGCAGCGCUACUGCAACCUCACGCAGAUCGGGGGCCUCAUCGACAGCAAGGGCUACGGCGUGGGCAUGCCCCUCGGUUCGCCCUACCGCGACAUGAUCACCAUCGCCAUCCUGCAGCUGCAGGAGGGGGGCAAGCUGCACACGCUCAAGGAGCGGUGGUGGCGCAGCAGCUCGUGCCCCCAGGAGGAGACGAAGGAGGCGAGCGCCCUGGGGGUGCAGAACAUCGGCGGCAUCUUCAUCGUCCUCGCCGCCGGCCUAGGCGUCGCCAUCGUCGCCGCCCUGGCCGAGUUCCUCUACGGGUCGCAGCGCGCCGCCACUCGCGACAAGCGCUCGGUGCUAAGCGCGAUGAGCGAGUCGCUGCGCGUGUCGCUGCGCUGCCGUCACAAAGUGCGGAGGUCACCUCCGGCCACCGCCGGCACCGCCGCCGGUGCCGGCGGUGCCGGCGCCGCCACCACCACCACCGGCGGCGGCGGCGGCGUAACGACCGCCACGGUGGUGGUGGGUCUCAUGCGCUCCGAGGAGCCGCUGGGCAUGCACGCCUACAACAACCGGCGGUUGCCCGCGUCCGCCAAGGAGACGCUGGCGUGACCACAGCCACAGCCACCACCAGCAGCACCAGCAGCAGCAGCAGCACCACCCCAACGUGCGCUUCGAAGACGAACUCGAGGAAGGAAGAGAGAGAGAGAAAUUCCCAAGCAGCGCAGCCGCGGGUUCGCUUCUCCCCCGUCUAUCGAAGGCCCUCCGCUUCGGCUCGGACGCUUGGUUCGCAUCCGUCGGCGGGCAGGACGGAGUUGAGCGAACGCCCGCACCCCCGCCGGCGAAUCUUUUGAGGGAUUUCAACGGGUGGCGAGACUCUAUAAAUAUAUAUAUAAAUACGAACUACGCCGGAGAAGGUUUUUUGUUUGUUUGUUGUUGUUGUUGUUGCUUUGGGUUUGGUUAAUUUCGGUGAAUGAAAGUCGGCGCCAACGGGCGCGCGCGCUGAUUGCCGACGGCAUCCACCGGUUCCCCCGUUCCCCCCGUCGGAGGCGGACGCCUCGCGCAGUUUGCUGGGGACGCCGCGGGGUUCGAGUGCACCGCCGAAUCCGGGCAGCGCGCACAGCGGUUCGGCGGGUUAAAAAAAGAACGUUGUCUUUUUGUUAUUUCAAGAGAGAGGCGUAAGUAGCGGCAGUGCCCCGUGGUUCUUUUGACGUCGCCCGCGCGGAACUCCGCCGCUCUCCACGGCAGCCGGCGACAGAAACCGUGCCACACACACACAGACACACAGACACACACACAGACACACACAGACACACAGAUAGACACACAGACACACACACACAGACACACACAGACACACA